AUGGCUCGCCCUGGCCCCUCAGCACGGCAUCUGACUCUCACGGAAGAGUUGGAGAAGUUGGAGCAGUCCAUCACACUGACGCUGCAAGAAAUCGACCACAAUUUCAGCAAGGCACACCGCAUCGUCACCACGAAUAUUCUGCCCAUUGUAGAGCAAUACGGCGAGCACUCGCGAAAUGUUUGGGAUGCUUCCAAGUUCUGGAAGCAAUUCUUCGAGGCCUCAGCCAACGUUUCCCUCUCUGGCUAUGAAGAACAGGCCAACAAUGAGGACGAUCAAACUGGCGCAACCGAGGAGUCGACCGUUCAAGAAGAAACUACCAUUGACUACACCCGCACACCCCAACAACGCCCUGAAGGCGCCGAAGACAUGACCGUAGUCUCGGCCGCCGACUCCACAUUCCGCGCAGACGAUUCUGUUCUCAACGACAAUGACCUUACGGGCAGCACGCCUCAGCCGCCCAAAACCAAGACGAUGAAGCCGCAGUUCUCGAACCUCGAAUCCCCCUACGAGGCGCUCAAGCGCGAGCUGAAAGGCGAACCACCUGCGCCACACGAGGAAGACGACGAGAACGAAGACCUGGGUUUCGAGGAAGACUCGACGGUUCUGUUCGCGCAGCAUACGGCCCGUCUGCCGGACAUGUCUAUGACACCGCGCUCCUCGUUCGCGCCGCCGCCGCAGCAACAGAGCCACAAGGACCCGCUAAUGCACCGCAUGCUCGACAAAACGUUCCGCAUUCAGGCCACGCCGCACAAGGGCCCUGCCUACCGCGUCUCCCCACUGAAGCGUGACGACAGGAACAAGGAGAAGGAAAGCUUGCCUGCAUGGCAGCAGGACUCGCCCAUGUCGUCACCAGUCAUGGCCGUCCCAAAGCUACGUAGUGAGGCUUUUAUGUCUCCGGUCAAGAGCAAUGCCCGGCAGCGUCUUGCUGCCGCGACUGCAUCUGCGGGACCGCGCACUCCGGGCGUGAGCGUGCAAACGCCAGGUGGGGCGAGGAAGACCAAGGACGUGUUUGCUACCAAGGGCAACUACGAUGACGAUACAACUACAGAUCUAGGUGCCAAUUUCGAAAAGCAGAAAUACGAGAUUGACUGGGAGAGCGACAGUGAUGAGGGCCAUGCGCUGUAUGGCGGUAUGAGUCCGCCUAAAACGAUCCAGUUUGCGCUUCCCCCUUCGAAACUACUUCAGACACCUGCUCGCGAGGCAAGCAAGCGUAUUGUCGACGAUAUUCUACUGACAGCAGGCGCCGAGCCGGAGAGCUCAGAGUACAGUCCUACAAUGGUCAAGAUGAACGAGGACAUUCUCAACGAGAGCUUUUGA